GCAUGCAUUCCAGGUUCUGGAAGUAGCAUACUUGUCAGGAGAUGUAUGUCAAUUAAGUACAAUCGGGAAAUUUGUGAGACUAAUAAUAUACUUUGUUUUGCUUCAAAGAAACGUGGUUUCGGGACUGAACCUAUGAAGAAAGAAAAGAAUAAUGAUACGAAGAAAUUGAAGGAGAGCAUGCCUUCUGCAUCAGAAUCAAGCAAAUUGAUUUCUGGAAAGCCUAAAUCGAGAAUUAAGCGGGCACCUCAAUUAACUAGUGGUAUUGAUCGAAAAUCAAGUGAUGCAGUCUUAGAUCGGCAAUUCUUGGAGAAAGUGGAGAAUGUCAGGAGGUCUGCACUUGAGCAGAAAAAAGCUGAGGAGGACCAACUUAAUCAAGCAAUAGAUUAUGAUGCACCUAUUGAAUCGGAACAGAAUACAAUUGGUCUUGGUACCAAGUUGGGAGUUGGAGCAGCUGUUCUUGUUUUUGGUUUGGUUUUUGCUUUCGGGGACUUUCUCCCAUAUGGAAGUGUUGGCCCUAGUGAGGAUGCUACUGUAGUUGAGAAAAAACUUACAGAAAAACAGAAAGCAACACUUGAGGCAAAACUUCAAGAAUAUGAGGCAAUACUUAGCAAAUCACCAGAAGAUCCAACUGCUCUUGAAGGAGCCGCAGUGACAUUGGUAGAACUAGGAAAAUAUGAACGAGCAUCAUCUCUCCUUGAUAAGCUAACCAAGGAAAGGCCUAAUAAUGUUGAUGCAUAUCGUUUACUAGGGGAAGUGAAAUAUGAACUCAAGGAUUAUGAAGGGAGUGCUUCAGCAUACAGGAGCUCAUUAUCUGCCUCUAAUAGCAUUGAUUUUGAAGUUCUUCGUGGGCUCACAAAUUCAUUGCUUGCUGCUAAAAGACCUAAUGAGGUUGACUUGCUUCUGGGGAAAGCUUAUUCUGAUUGGGGUCAUAUAAGUGAUGCUGUGGCUGUUUAUGAUGAGCUCAUCUCUGAGCAUCCGAAUGACUUCCGAGGUUACUUGGCAAAGGGGAUCAUAUUGAAAGAAAAUGGUAAAGUUGGAGAUGCAGAAAGGAUGCUUAUUCAAGCAAGGUUCUUUGCACCAGAUAAUGCAAAGGCACUCGUUGAUCGAUAUUCAGGAAAAUGAUGGAUCAUAAAUAGUUAGUUAUGGCCUCUUAUUCCACAAGAUGCACAUAGGCAUGCAUGCUAGUGGAGGCUGACUGUCCAUGCCAUGAAUGCAUGGUUUCAUCACUGCCUAAGCACCAUCUCAGACAGCAUCAACUGCAAUAUCACAUUUUUCUCUCUGUCAGUCAUUCGCCAUUAUGAUAAUGCUGUCUUAUUAGUAGGUGUAUUUUCAUGGAAUUGAUGCUUGUACAGGGAAAUGGAGCAGGUUAAUAUGAGAAGCAGGAAUGCAUAUGGAAUUAUUUUGUGAAUGAAUGUGAAAAUGUUCUUGUAAGAACAUUGGAUCAGCUGCCAAAUGAUUGUAAAAUAUGUGCUUUCUCAUUGCUGGAUGUGCUGCUGAUGAUGUAUGCCUCUUCUUUCUGUGUAAUAAGAUUUCUUCAGUUAUUUUAAUUUCUGUAUUUUAUAUGAAA